CCUACUCCAAACCAACCCUUCUCUGUUUCCUCACUCCAUUUCCUUCCAUUCCCCAUUUUUUUAAUUCCUAUACUCGCCGACACAAACAGUGACUCACACACUUGCAACACAUUUGAGUUCUUCCUUCUACUUCUGCUUCUUCUUCUCUCUCUUAAUAACUCAAGCUUCGAAUCUCCAUCGCACUCUCUGUAGUCUCUGCCCCACUUUUUCUUUAAUGGCAAUGCCCUGCCUUCUUCUUCUUCUUCUUCUGCUGCCUCAUUGCUUCUCCUCAGUCACAUUGGUCUGCGGGUCCAUGGUUCCAUUGCAUGUGCCUCACUGCGCCUAAUCGCCGUCGCGUUGAGACUAGUACAAUGGGUGAUCGCCACUCUGCUCAGCCGUGCUCUGUGACUCUGUUUCUCAUUGAGUUUGUGUUGUUGGGUUUGGUCUUUGCUGCUUUGCCUAGGAUUAGUGGCACCACUGAUGCUUCUGAUGUUCAAGCUCUUCAGGUUAUGUAUACCUCAGUAAACAGUCCUCCUCAGCUAACUAAUUGGAAAAGUAGUGGCGGCGAUCCAUGUGGAGAGUCAUGGAAAGGGGUAACUUGUGAAGGCACAGCUGUUGUUGCAAUAGAGGUUUCUGGAUUAGGACUCAGCGGAACUACGGGAUACUUGCUUUCCGACCUGUUAUCAUUGAGAAAAUUUGAUUUGAGUGACAACAGUUUUCAUGAUACAAUACCAUAUCAACUGCCUCCAAAUCUUACGAGCCUAAAUCUAGCAAGGAACAACUUCAGUGGGAAUUUUCCAUAUUCCAUUUCCACCAUGGUUUCUCUCAAUUACUUGAAUGUUAGCCAUAAUUCGCUAUCCGAGUCAAUCGGAGAUAUUUUUGCUACUCUUGGUAGCCUUGCAACGUUGGAUCUAUCUCUGAACAACUUCUCUGGUGAUAUCCCUGCUUCCUUCAGUUCAUUGUCCAAUCUUUCUGCUCUCUAUGUGCAGAACAAUCAAUUGACGGGUUCUCUCAAUGCUCUUACGGGUUUGCCUUUGACUACUUUAAAUGUUGCCAACAACCAUUUCAGUGGAUGGAUACCCCGAGAGCUUAGCUCAGUUCAUACUUUUAUAUAUGAUGGAAACUCCUUUGACAAUGGUCCUGCUCCUCCACCGCCACCAUAUAACCCGCCUCCCCCAGGAAGACCCAGUCGCAAUCAUUCUGGACCUGGUACACGUCCACAGAGAACUGAUGGAAAAUCAUCUGAAUCGAAGAAAGGAUUGACAGUUGGGGCUUUGGUGGGAAUCAUUGUGGGUUCUGUUUUUGUUGCUCUCAUUCUCCUACUAGCUCUUUUCUUUUGCAUUCGCAAAAAUAAAAGGGAAGGCAGUGUUGCAAGACCUUCGAGCGGAGGUCUCUCUGUUGGCACAAAUAAUGUAAAUACUGAGAUGCAAGAGCAGAGGGUAAAAAGUGCAUCUGCUGUAACUGAUCUCAAGCCCCCACCGGCAGAAAUAUUGGUGGUUGAUAGGUUACAUGGAAAAAAUGGAUCAAUAAAAAGAAUAAAAUCACCUAUCACUGCUACUCCUUAUACUGUUGCCACUCUCCAAACAGCAACAAAUAGCUUUAGUCAAGAAUUUCUUGUUGGUGAAGGUUCCCUUGGUCGUGUUUACCGAGCUGAGUUCCCCAAUGGAAAGAUGAUGGCCAUUAAGAAAAUCGACAAUGCAGCACUAUCUCUACAAGAGGAGGAUAACUUUCUUGAAGCUGUUUCAAAUAUGUCGCGCUUGAGGCAUCCAAACAUCGUUACACUGGUUGGAUAUUGUGCAGAACAUGGACAGCGUCUUCUAGUUUAUGAGUAUAUAGGAAAUGGGAGCUUGCAUGACAUACUUCAUUUUGCUGAAGAUGGCACUAACACACUGACAUGGAAUGCCCGUGUUAGGGUAGCACUUGGCACUGCUCGAGCUUUAGAGUACUUGCAUGAGGUGUGCUUACCUUCAGUUGUACAUAGAAACUUCAAGUCAGCAAAUAUUUUACUUGAUGAAGAGCUCAAUGCCCAUCUAUCUGACUGUGGCUUAGCUGCUCUAACGCCAAACACAGAGCGACAGGUUUCAACUCAGAUGGUAGGCUCAUUUGGUUAUAGUGCUCCUGAGUUUGCCUUGUCUGGAGUAUACACUGUAAAAAGUGAUGUCUACAGCUUUGGGGUGGUGAUGCUAGAGCUGUUGACUGGUCGCAAGCCACUAGACAGUGCAAGGGCAAGGUCAGAACAAUCACUUGUAAGAUGGGCUACUCCCCAACUCCAUGAUAUAGAUGCUCUAGCAAAAAUGGUUGAUCCUUCCCUAAAUGGCAUGUAUCCGGCGAAAUCUCUUUCACGCUUCGCUGACAUCAUCGCCCUUUGUGUUCAGCCGGAACCUGAAUUUCGGCCUCCCAUGUCUGAAGUUGUGCAAGCGCUGGUCCGCUUAGUGCAAAGAGCUAGUAUGGUCAAAAGACGUUCAAGUGAUGAAUCUGGUUUUGCAUACAGGACCCCUGAUCAUGAAGCAAUUGACAUGUCAUUUUGAGUGUCCGUGCCAUCCAUUGUCUUAUAAUUUUUUUUUCCUUAGUAUGCGGGUUGCCAAUUCGAACUCGAGCUAGCAUGGCGGAGGAGAAGAAUGCAUUUUCAACCACACCAGUCGGUAAUGGUGUCUCAGCCAUCUUAGACUUGUUGACAUUUGCAGUAUAUUUAUAUACACAGUUUGGAGUAGGCAGGGUUGGAUGAAACACGGAAACUAUGAGGAAUAUCCGAUAUGUUCUCAAACUAGGUGAAAAAGAUAUGUAAUUAUAAUUCACAUUCUGCACAUAAUAUUAUGCCUAUAAACACACUGUCAAACACUGCAUUGCAAAUAUUAAAAUUAACUUUUCAAUACUUUUA